AUUUAACCAACGGAGCAUAUGCCCUGAUCUUUUUCUGCAAAAUCCAGAUUUUGCUUCAUUCCCCUCCAUACAAAAAUAUCCACUUUUAUUAUUUGAGGUCAAUAAAUAUACCUCCACCAAUCUCCUCCCUCUUUCUUUCUAUAUAUAAACACUCCAUAUCUCCUCCCAAUCAUCUCCUCAUAAUUAUUCAAAAUCUUUUCAGAUCGAAAAGAAAAAGAAAAGAAAAGAAAAGAUGAUGCUAAUUAGGAGCUCUUCUACUCCACUUCUUGGAUCUCUUCUUUCAUCUCUCCAAGAAAGCCCCGCCCCGAAACACCCUUCGUCUUCUUCGUCUGUUCAUCAGAAUUGCGGCAAACUAGCAUGUGCUAACAAUGGGGUAUCUCAAAUUAUCACCAGGUCUACAUCAUUGCAAUCUCCAUCUGUGGCUGAAAUCAAAGGCUCGAGUGCGGAAAAUGGAUUUCGAAGGGUUCAAUCGGAAGGGAAUUUGGAUGAAUUGGCUAUGGACUCGUAUUGUAACCUUGAUGAAUUCAGUUUAUCUAACGCCUACUCCAAGAAGUUCGCGCGGAAACCUAAGUGCAGCACUUUGGAGGCGAUCCCGUCUUUCUCGCGCCACCAUGUAGGGACAACUAUGGAAGAUUGUUACAGUGAUGACGAGGAGGAGGAGGAAGAAGAAGAGGAGCUAGAAGUGGAAGAUGUCAAUGCAUACAUGGCUGCAAACUUUGCUUUCGAAGAUGCGAUAAUGAAGAUGAAUUCUUACACUGGUACGGGAUUUCAAAGCGAGGGAAAGAUGUACCUUGCGAUGGGACUCGGGUUCCCCGGAAUAGCGUUUGUUGAUAGUGGCGGCAGCAAUGGCGGUGGUGGAGGCGGAGGAGGAGCUUUGAGGCCGGUUGAUUUCAGUAGGGAUGGUGGGGAGAGCCACGGCGUGGGCAUUGAAGAACACUACAAAAGUAUGUUGGAGGAGAAUCCAGGCAAUCCAUUGUUUCUGAGAAACUACGCCGAGUUUUUGUAUCUUGAAAGGAGAGACCUUGAGGGAGCCGAACAGUACUAUUCCCGGGCCAUCUUAGCAGACCCUAGAGAUGGUGAGAUUCUGUGUCAAUACGCCAAACUGAUUUGGGAGCUGCACCAUGAUAAAGACAGAGCUGCAUUAUACUUCAAACGAGCACUUCAAGCUUCGUCAGAAGACAGCCACGUACAUGCAGCCUAUGCUAAUUUCCUGUGGGAUAUCGAAGAUGAGGAAGAAGAAAGUGCAGUAGCUAAUUCACACCUAGUGACGCCAGUCUACCACCAUGGAAUUGUGGCUUCUGCAACUGUUUAGUGUGAUACUGUAGGGGAGGAGGAGUAUACAAUAUUAUACCUAGUUUACGUAGAAAAUGAGAAGGGUGGAUGUUUAAUACCAUCCAACUUUUAUAUCAAUUACUUCCGUGGAGAGAACAUCUUCAUGCUUGUUAAGAGGUUGGGAUAUAUACACACCAAACAGUAAAUCUCGUAAACUAGGAAUUGAAUAUUGUUAAUAUUUUUGUGGAAUUCUAUUAAGUAAUAUAUACAAGUUUUAAUGAAACAAUAGUGUGAGAUGUGAAUAGAAAGUGUUAAACCGCUUCGAAUGAAACUGAUAAACAUUGUAAAUUGAUUGAGACAUGUAAGCAUUAAUAC